AUGAAGUUCUCUGUAACCAUCUUAGCUUUGCUAUUUGGAAUCAUAUCUUAAAUCAAUGCAGCUGCAACUUCAUAUGAUGUCAUUACAAUAUUGAGUAAGUUUACUCAAAAGAUAGGCACAGAUCCAGUUUUCCAAAAGCAGUUUGUCGAGGGACUUUAAGUUGAUCCUACUGCUGGGAGCACUGAGUGUUUAGACGCCUACAAAUUAUUUACUGAUACGGUUGCUCUUUGGGACAGCUUUGUAGCAUCAUAGAAAGAAAAAUUAGAAAGCAAUGGUGCCAGUUUGUUUGAAUUUGGACUUCCUAUCAUUAAAUUUAAGCACAUCUUGGAAAUAGGCACACUAUUUAGUAACUUUUAUGAUCUAUGCGAAUAUAACUACUUCGUCGCCAGUUUUGGCAACAACUUCUAGAAGCCGUCAGCAUUGUUAAACACAGGUAACAGUAUUUUUUACAGAGUCUUUGUCGACUCAUACGAUGGUCUUCUAUUGGCUUGCAAUAACUAUGCCGACAGCCCAGCUGGAAAAGCUGAUGCAAAUGGUGUUACUUAUGUCUGUGGCCACGAAGUUGCAGGUUUCUACAAGAGAAUGCUGUAGAGUCAAGUCAAGACAACUUCUAAUGGAGCUUAUGACAAAGUCAACACUGGAGGUUGA